AUGGCGGACGAAGCCGACGAAACGUGGAUGAAAAAAGCUAUAGGAUUGGUAGGAAACAAUCAUCUUUGUACCAAUUUACUAAAAAUAAGUGUUUCGCAAACCCUCGCGAGACUCGAUGUGCCACUCAAGUUAACCCCUGACAGUCUCGUUAGUUGGAUGGGUUUUGGAAACUCUUAAUUCUUCCAGUUUGUGAUCCCUUUAGUGAUUUUUUCUUCGUAUUCGCUAUAAAUAGCUCUAUUAAUGAAAAUCCGAGCUUUGAGGAGUUCUUAGUUAAAUGUCGUACCUAUGCAAUAAUGGGCCAUUUCCAAGCACAGGGAACCCACACAAACUGUGUGACCGUUGUAAUGUUUAAAUUUAGAGGAAAUGUAUCAUGUAUCGAGAAGGUUCAUAUUAUCGUAACAUAAUGCGAUGAAUUUUUAUAUAUAUGAUGCAUUCCGUGGGAGGGAAACAGAGCAAAAUGAACAGCGGUGUACUUUCCAGUCAACGAACAAUCACAUCAAGUAAGUUUAGCUUCUUAGAGUUAUGGUAAACACGAUUGAUCGAUCAACGUUCACUUUACACGUUUACAAACCUACCAUGCUUUGAUAGAGACUUUCUGUAUUAUGGAUGUUUUAUGGAUGGGUAUUGUUUGUGGUCAUCCAAAUAUCAGAAAGGGGCAAGUGGUGUGACUGUUACAGGCCGGCACACGAAAAUUUAGGAACAGCUCGAUCGAGCUUCAGUUGCUGAAUUACUCUACUCUUUGGAAUCUGUGCGAUGGGAAUUUGUUGGUGAAAAUCGGCUCAGAGCUGGACCGGUUUAGCACUAGGGGUCGCCGAGUUUUCCUCCCUUGUCUCUCUACUAUAUGCUUAGGUAAACGUUGAAUGCAAAGCGCUUCAAAUUAUUUCCAGCUGCAAGAAUGGCAAUACACAACAUUUCAGAUAAAAAGACAUUUAUUUUGAUCUCAUAAUAAUAUAUAAAAAUUCAUCGCAUUAUGUUAUAAUAUUAUUUAAAUAUGAACCUUUUCGAUCUUCCCAUACAUUUUCUCUAAAUUUAAACAUUACAACCCCACUCAUUCGUUAACGGAAUUAACCAGACAAAUCACUCCACCAACUAAGAACUGCCAUGCACCACCACCCAUAGAAUCAAGAAAGAGCUCUCAGUCUGUUGUGUGGGCGCCCUGUGUUUCCGAGUUGCCCCAAGCCCCCGUUUCAAAGUGAGGCUAAGUGCAAAGCUAUUGAUAUGAAAAUAAUUUUCUGUUCUUAUGCAAAUUAAAAUCAUUUUCUCUAAAAGGGUUUUGCACUAAGCCUCGUGUUGAAAGUUGGAGUCACUGGAACUCGGAAAUGGCAUAUUCAGGUUUAUCUCUAAUUUGUUGUCUGUUGACACAAAUGAAAGAAAAAUGCCACUUCUUUGCCCUCUGCCAUACUGAUAUCCAGGGAAGGGGUGGGGGUACUCAACUAAGUUUUAUACUGGGAGGUCCCACCCUGACAUCCAAACCUAUACCCUUUUUUAUAUAGUUGAACCUCUCUACAACCUUGGGGACAGAAGGAAGUUAGUGGCCAGUGGAGUCUUUGUUUAACUUAGUAUUUGCAUAGGUUAGCGAGUGAAAAUUUUAAGAGUUUAUUCCUUGCAAUUUACUUAAGAUGUUAUGGUAUAUAGAAGUGAAUGACCAGCGAUACUUUUCUUCGAGUUUAUACACUCGAUAAAAUUACGGGCGACAUAAUUACUAGAAUCUUUACUUUAGUAUGAGCGGCUUAGUCUUUACUGUAGAAUGAGCGGCUUAGUUUAUUCCUUGCGAUUUACUUAAGAUGUUACUUUUCUUCAAGUUUAUACACUCGAUAAAAUUGCGGGCGACAUGACUUAGGAUUUCGGGCGACAUGACUAUGUAUUUCGGGCGACAUGACUCUGGUUCUGGGCGAUAUGACUUCAGGCGAGAUGACUUUCGGGCGACUUGACCAGUUACCGGCCAUUAUAGAGAGAUGGCUGUUGUGAGAGGUUGCAACAAGACUGAAUGUGUGGAUUUUUCACCAAAAAAAUAGCCGUUGCGGGGAGGUGGCCUUUAGUGGAGGUUCGACUGUACCUUUUUUGACAGAAAAGGCACCCUUUUGUAUACUUGUCAUUGACAAGACGGUACCCAUUUCACAUACCUUGUUUAGAACUUUACAUCCCUUUUAACUGCUGUAAAUGCACUUUCCUUUAAAUAUGAAUAAAUCACAAAACUAGACAUUUUACUGACAUUUUUAUAGCCAUAAAAUCCUUUUGUGGCCCUUUUAGGUCAUUACAGAAUGAAAUGACAGAUUUCACAACCCUUUCAUAUACUUUAACUAGUGAAAUCCCUACACUUUCAUAUACCUGAAGCCUUAAAAUGUUACCCCUUUUGGGUGGAGUCACCCCUAAAAGGCCAUUAUGGGAAGUAACGCCCCAUCCCCCCCCCUUCCCCCAAGGACACUGAUAUCAGCUGAGAGACUGUAGAUGAUUAGUGGGUCUUUACUGAAUUUUUCCUAAAGGCCAGAGAUGCUCUUGAACAAGGAGAAGUACCUGUGGGCUGUGUGAUAGUGUAUCAGAACCAAGUUAUUGGUACAGGAAGAAACCAAGUCAGUGAAACAAAGAAUGCCACAAGACAUGCAGAAUUAGUGGCCAUUGAUCAAGUAAAGACUUGGUGUAUGUCAAAUUGUCUUAGUUUUGAAGAUGUGUUGCUUGACUGCUGUCUUUACGUGACUGUUGAACCCUGUAUUAUGUGCGCUGCAGCACUGAGAUUUGUGGGAAUUCCAAGAGUAGUAUUUGGAUGUGCUAAUGAACGAUUUGGUGGAUGUGGUUCAAUCCUGAACAUCCACACCGAUGAUUAUUCCAAGGAUAUAUGUCAAAAUUUUGUACAAGAAGACAUUUCACCAAGAGGGGAAACGGCACAAUGUAGUAAAUGUAAUGUGGAAUCUCUUCAAAGAUUUUCCAGUGUCAGUGGUAAGGAGAAAUUAAUGGACCAGGCCUCGUGCAAGAAUAAAACUGAUGUUACACCUGACUUUGCUCAAGAGAGGCUUUCUAAUCCCAUAAAUCAUGUGAACGAUAUCCAAAAAGAAAACUCACUUCAAGUCAGUUAUGAUGAGUCAGAAAAGCCACAUGAGUGCAUUUGUAAAGUCCCAUCAAGCAAGAUUGGAAAGCCAUUUGAAUGUGUUCCCUUCAUUUUAGCCAACACAGCUGUCCACUUAUUAAAAGAGUUUUAUAAAGGAGAAAACCCCAAUGCACCCGUACCUAAAGUAAAAACAAAACGGCAGAAAUAA